AAGGCAAGGCGACUUAAGCGACAAAUAUGAGAGAAUGAUCGCCAUGUGGCGACUAACUUGUUUAGAACAUUGAAUUUAGCGCUCUUUCUGGCUUCUCUCUGUCACUCCACGAAAGAGACCACCCAUUCAUGCAAACUAGAAAUUUUCGACCGACACAGCUUGCUAUCAUACAGGGCCAACUUAACUGCGCCUCGCUAUUGGUCUCCCUAGUGGGUGCCUGACCCUGUUAGAGGCUAAGUACCUCAUCUAGGAGGUAACUUGAUAGAUGCCUCCCAGAUGCCAGCGUGCUUUCCCUACAGCUACUGUCAAGAGUGUGCAUGGAGUCGGGCAUAUAUUCCAAAAUGAUAUACGAAGAGCAGCCAUAAAUCAUAGCGGCUCGCUGGACUGGAGAGUCGUGUGUCAGUGGUGCAAGCCAAUCGGAGGUGUUCCUUUCUAACGUCUGCCAGUCAGUUACUACGCAACCGAGAACCUGUCUGGUCAGUGGCAGGCGGGACCGAGACGCGGCUUGCGUAAUUCCAACCUCCUCAGGAGCAAAACUCCCGAUGACGGAGAGUUGCGAGUUCAAAACGCCGACUUUGUAUCAGGAUGUCACGAAGGAAACAAGCCCAUCCACGACAUAUUGACACGAUACAAGAGUUGACGAAUCUGCUGGAAAAUGGUCUAAACUCAGGACUGAAAAGUGACAUAGCAGGAAAAGAUGAACAUGUCUGUGGAAAAUGCAGAGCCGAAUUCGGCGAUUUGGGAGACUUCAUUUCACAUAAAAGAUACUGUACUAGGAAGCGCCCCGUGUUCCUGUUGUCGGAUGAAGUCUAUGACGAACUGUGUCCUGGAAAGGAUAGUCCGAUUCCUCGUAUUGCAUCCUAUUUGGAAUUGGUGGAAGAAGGAAUUCUCGAAACAGUUCAAACAGACGAUAAACCCGAAUCUCCAGAAAGCGAAUAUACGAGUAUGCCGAGUCUUGUGAUGAAACGAAAACAAUCCUUUGGGGAAGAGGCACCGGUUGAUGAUCCAUCGUCCAACUUGUAUAGGAAGAAUCUAAAAAGGAAUACCUCCUUAUUGUCAUCACUACCUCAAUUUCCAUUCGGUCAACUCUCUGAUACUAAUGUUACUCUGGAAGCAUUAGAGAACACACGUGUGGCUGUGGCUCAAUAUGGUACCGAUGCUACUCAACUAUCUCAUAUUACAGCUCUUCAGUCGGCGCUGUACGCGUUACAGCAACAGCAAUUAGUGCAAAUUCAGGUUAUUCAACAAUUACAGACUCAACUCAUCGGAUCAUCGUCAACUUCCAUCCCUUCGACGACAACACCUCUUACAGGUUCUGCUGCUCUCACUCCACCUCAAUGUGGAGAGAAUACUACAGUUGCAGUAACUACUUCCACAACAUCAAGGACUUUGGGUAGUAGUAAUGGACUGGUCAACACAACUUCCAAUACCAGCAAAACCGGAGAUAAUUUGACAGAUGCCUCUCACCCUUUGGCACCACCUCCACCUUUACCGCACGAACCUAAUACUUUGGAAUUAUUGCAAAGGCACACGGAACAAGCUUUGCAGAACACCAUGUCUGGUGGUUCAUUUCUGUUAAAUGGACUUAGUAGCAGUACAGAUAUAUCCCGAUAUUGUAAAGGAAAAGACUCUGAAGGCAAAAGAGACGGAACAGAUGAAGCUUUUUUUCGGCACCGCUGUCGCUUCUGCGGAAAAUUAUUCGGAAGCGACAGCGCCUUACAAAUUCACAUUCGCUCACACACGGGAGAAAGACCUUUCAAAUGUAAUGUUUGUGGUAAUAGGUUCUCGACUAAAGGUAAUUUAAAGGUGCAUUUCCAAAGACAUGCGUCAAAAUAUCCUCACAUCAAGAUGAAUCCGAAUCCAGUACCCGAACAUCUCGAUAGUCUACAUCCACCUUUAGAGCCUCCAGAUGACAGAAAUAAAGAUGCUCCCGAUUUUGAUCCUUUGCAAUCUAAUAUUCCAUCAAGUAUUGCUGGAUCACAAGGACACGAAUUAGAAUAUAAACUGGGAAAUGGUUCUCCUGACGACGUUACCUCUCAAGAUUUAGGCUCUCCAAUCCAAACAACGAGUCUUUCUCCGAACGAAGCUUCAAAUAUGAGUGACGCGAGUGAUGCUUCUGCAGAUGGUUCUGGGAUGGAAGACAAUAUGGAUAAAGAUUCAGAAUUCUUAAAAGGUGACGAGGACGAUCAGCGAAGUUUCACUUCAACGCCAAAGGGAGUCGACGAUCGCAAAGAUGAUGACGCUAGGAGUGAUGAUGAAAGAAAACCCCUCACGGGUAUCGACAAUAAUUCGAAUGUACCAUCAUCACUUUUACCUGCGUUUAUCAACACGUCGACUCCUACUUUUCCUUCUUUUCUAAAUCCCACUUCGUUCUCUCCCAUAUGUUUUCCUAGUGUACCUACUACGCCCACAAUUACUACAACAGCAUCAGGCACUAAUAAUGAUAAUAUGGGGAUUCAUGCCGAUCCCGCAUUUUAUCAAAAUCUGUUACCAAAACCUGGAAGCAACGACAAUUCCUGGGAGAGUCUUAUGGAAAUAACUAAAACUUCCGAAACAUCCAAAUUGCAGCAAUUAGUUGAUAAUAUUGAACAUAAAUUAAGUGAUCCAAAUCAAUGUGUUAUCUGUCACAGGGUUCUUAGUUGUAAGAGCGCCCUUCAGAUGCACUACCGAACACAUACAGGUGAAAGACCCUUUAAAUGUAAAAUAUGUGGACGUGCGUUUACUACAAAAGGUAACUUGAAAACGCAUAUGGGAGUUCACCGAGUAAAGCCUCCCAUGAGGGUACUACAUCAAUGUCCUGUGUGUCAUAAGCAGUUCACUAAUUCGUUAGUCUUGCAACAACAUAUUCGGACACACACAGGAGAACCAACCGACAUGCUACCAGAACACAUCAUUGCCAAUGAAAUCAAGUCCCAGUCGUUACUACAAGCAUCUUUUCCACGACCGAUAAUGUCAUCUAUGUCUCAUCAUCAGACCAGUCCAGUGUCUAUGGCGACAACAAUACCUAUAGGCACAAAUAUGCAAUCGAACAAAGGCAUGGAUUCACAAAUUUCAGAUGGCUCUCCGAGCCCUGUUAUGACUAAUGACAGUGUCAUCAAGACUACAUCGUCUACGAAAGAUAACAAAUCUGAAGAUAGCGAAUCAUCAAAUGGAGAAACACCUCCUGUAACUGCUGCUGAAGACUCACCACCUAUUACAACAGUUAUGCCCACGUUGACGCGAAGUAUCUCUCCUGCUUCCGACAGAGUAAUUCCGGCAUCAGAUAGAGUAAUCACAACCUCUAGUAAUUUUCAUUCUCCUUAUACGGCAUCUCUAGUUGCCUUAGAAAAUCACGUCAAAGCUAUUAAUUCUACAAUUCCUCAACCUUUGCCAUUUUCUCCAUUUGGACUUGGCCUGCAUAUGGGAAGUUUCUUACGUUACGACGAUCCUUCGAAUUAUAUGAAUCGAACAUUACCAAAAGAUGGUAAUAGAGAUAAGUCUCCUCCUCCGUCAAAUGCUUACUCGCCUUCUCCUUCAACUAGCCGUGCGGGAUCCGAAGGAUCAGGUGAUGACAGAUCGACUCCAGGAUCUUUAAGGAAAGCAGAUUCGCCAUCUUCAGUAAAUCUUAGUCAACCUGUAGUUACUUCUAGCCAAUCUGAGAAUGGUGCGUUGGACUUAACUCCUAGAACGUCUAUUCUUUCAAAACCAAUUACUUCGACAGCAGAAAUAGCUAUGUUUUCUCCUCUUAGCGGGUUACCCUUUCCGCCACCAGGUAAUAGACCUAACACGACAUGUAAAGUGUGUUUUAAGACUUUUGCCUGUAAUAGCGCAUUGGAAAUCCACUAUAGAAGUCAUACCAAAGAACGACCAUUUAAAUGCACAGUGUGCGAUCGAGGAUUUUCUACAAAGGGAAACAUGAAACAGCAUAUGUUGACUCAUAAAAUUCGCGAUUUGCCUUCUCAGUUAUUCUCAACUGAAGACAACAAUUCUUCGACAUCUGCACCCACUACACCCAUAUUAACCAAUACAACAACUGACUCAGGUACCAGGCCACAGAAAGAAAUGACUCCACCUAAAGAAGUUCAAUCCCCCACAACCCCUAGUCCUAGCCCUAAAAAACCUCUGAGUGAAGGUAAUACCAUUCUUCCUGCACCGAAGAGACCACCGGGUAUGCCAAAGCAUAUGUGUAACAUUUGUAACAAGCCGUUUUCUAGUGCAAGCGCUCUACAAAUACAUAUGAGGACCCAUACCGGAGAUAAACCCUUCAAAUGCACUAUAUGUGGCAGAGCAUUUACCACUAAAGGAAAUCUCAAGGUACAUAUGGGCACGCACAUGUGGAAUAAUUGUAGUUCUCGGCGAGGUCGAAGAAUGUCGUUGGAGCUACCGGGUCUGCCAAUAACACCAGGUAAACCUGGAGAUAUACCACCGCCUCGCCCGGAUAUGUACUUUCCAUACUUACCACCUACUUACGUAAAUGGUAUGAAUGCACCGAAAAUGAACGAGAUCUCAGUGAUACAAACCGCAGGGGUGACAAACGGAAACGUUGUGUCGUCGAUGAACAUGAGUCCUGCAGUCAGUAUGGCGGGAGAAGAUCAAUCCAAGUCUGAUCACGAGAACAGGCAGUCGCCAAUUUCACGACCCAACGAUCUUACCUCGGCCCAUCGUCAAGAAUCUCCUCCGGCCAGUUGGAGUUGGAAGAUAGCUUGUAACAUCUGUAACAAAAUUUGUUGUUCAUCCACAGAACUCGAACUUCACGUCCAAUGUCACUACCAACCGGAAGGGGCCAAAGAUGAGGGCAAAUGUAUUUCGGGUGAAAGGAUCUCCACUUAAGUGUAUAGUAGGCUAUGAAACAGAUGACUCCGUUAAUUUGUUCCUACGUUCUUGCUAGUCUAAAUUGUUGUGGAGGAAGAGUGCUUGUGGCUGAGCACAAAUAAACGAGCACUGUGCCGUUCGGGAGUCACAACAAGGCAAAAAUCCGGGAUGGAAUCCAUUGGAAAUAAUAGCCUAGUUGAAAAGAAAUAGAAUAGAAGGUAGAUCUAAGGUAGUGAACCUACUUCAUAAUUAAUGUUCUCGAUCCAUCGGUAUCAGACGGGAUGCCCGCAGCAUACCAUAGGUAAGGAGGAGUGUACAGUAUGGAAAGUGCAAAAUGCUUGUAAUGGCAGAACGGGUUCGUUGCAACCGAGUUACCACAGAAUCCCAAUGGCAUACGGUUUCUAUUGAUAUCCGUCUUUGUUUGUUUUUAGAAGUAACCCUUCAAAUGGAAUGUUCAAACAGUAGUGUGAUGUCCCCAUUACUUCGUCAGACUUUUAGAAUGGUCAGGCCUUCCUCAAAGCGAUGUUGUUGUAUAUGCAAAAAAAUAAAAAUAAAAAAGAUUUAAGCUCGCGGUUGCACAACCCAAGGAGUGGUCAUAUCACUGUACAGGGAGUCUCAAGGGUUGCAGCCGCGAAGCAAUUACUGGAUUAGAAAAACUGUGUAAUGCUGUGUAGUUACAUCUCAUCAACUAUUUGUUACUGUUGAUAUGUCCCAUAAACGGGAAGUCCCGAAUCCCAUCAUGUUUUAUUUAAGUAUACACUCAUACCAAAAUUAUACACGAAACGCAUUUCAUACACGGAAUGUCUUCCGACAGUUAUCCAUCUUAUCCCCGACUGUCCGGAAUUAUCACGUGUUAAUUUUUUUCGGUUUUUUUAGUCCAUCGUCACGCGUGAAGACAACGUGACAGCGAUCACCAUUUACUUACACAUCAAUCAUUGUCAUUCAGGUCUUUGUAAUUUAUUGUAUGCAUGCUCUGUCACAUUUGCUGCUAUGUUGUACGCUUUACAGAUGAGAAAUGUCAUCUACUAUAUCUGGCCUGUCAAUUGAGAAAUUUUAUCCGAAUUUAAUCCGACCAAAGCAAGGAUCUGUUUCUUUUUUUUUUCUUUUUUAUCGUGAGAAAACUUACCACUCAUCCUGCAUACACCGUCUUUCAGUAUACAUCGACAUGUUUCUCGGUUGUUUUAUGUUUUAAAGAUUAAAGCUAUAUAUAUUCAGUUUUUUCAUUCUCAAAACUCACAGUUCUAUUUUUUAAUAAGCGGUUGGGGUUCCAGUAGCUUAGACACUUUUAAGGUGUAACUAUUCCAUCGUCUAGGUUACUAGAACUCCAGCUAAAUGUUUAUUCCAUGUAUUAUUAUUAUUAUUAUUAUUAUUAUAUAUUAUUAUUAUAUACUGUUAUGUUGUUUACUAUUGAAAAUCAUUUUUUUAUUGUUUCUUACUUAUCACAAAACCUCUGGUCACUUUAAGGAGAUUUUCAUGGUUGUGAUAGUGACAAAAGAGGAUACACGAAUCAUUUUUUCCUAAGUUUUUAGUCCAUAUUGGACAGUGGGGGGGUUGGCGUCGUUGUCGCUAAUAUACUAAAAAAGGACACUGCCGAUUUUUUAUAUUUUCUUAAAACAAAAACUUUGACGCCCGUAAAAUUUUUUUAAGUUUUAAAUAUUACACAUGGUGCAGUGUUAAGAUUUGUGGGGGUAGAAAGGGGGAAGACAGUCGUUGGUGAUAUGACAACUGUGAUAUGUUCUUCCUCGUCUAUGUUUGACUGUCCUUACCAUUUUAUCACCCACUUACGAAGGGAUUAAUAAAAACUAAUUAAAAAUAUUAACGCGAAUAUAUAAUUUUUCCUUUCGUAGUAAAAGAAGGAAGACCUGAAAGUAUUUAAGGACGAAAAAAAAAAAAAAAAAUGUUAUAAACCAUUCCACUCAAUGCAGGAUGCUGAGGAGCAAUUUACGUACCGAUCCUUGCUUAGGAAGGAGAACGAAUAAAAUUCUCAAAAGAAGCGAAAAAUCUGUUGUGUCCCUGUACAUAUUCUAUACGAGACAUUGUUAUAGGAAAUGUGUGUUGAUACUGUCGUAUAGUCAUCAGCAGCUUCAACUGGUCUAUGUCUACGAUCUGACCUCUGUUCGUUUUGUAUUUUCAGUGGACUUUUAUUAUUAUUAUAUUAUAUUAUAUUAUUAUUAUUAUUAAUUAUUAUUAUUAUUAUUAUUAUUGGUUGUUUUUCUGAUGUAAAAGAGUCGGUUGCCACUUCGUCGUUCAACAGACCAGGAGAACGCUAUUUUUGUAACAAUUGUAGCUAAGUUGGACGAUUGUCGUGUGCGACCGGCUCCCCAAUAAAAAAGAAAAAAAAAAAAAAAACAAAACCUCCAUCAAGCUCUUAGUUUGGUG